UUAAAAUGCGAUACAAUAAAACAACAUAAACUCCUUGCAAUUCCCGCCAAACAAAACGACAUCGUAUAAGUUCAUGAACCUUUUUGCGGGUAAAAAACAAACGCAUAUCAAAAGCAAUCAUGUGUCUCGUUGCGAUCGACCGAACGAAGAAAUCGAAGAAUUUUCUCGAACAAAUGGCACAAAAUGGAGAUUCGAAUCAUUGCAUUGGAUUAAUCACCUCUUCCAGAUCUCUAUUGUACCUAAAAUCGGAAUGGAAACAUCUCCUCCGGCAUCAAAAUUCCGAUUCAGAGAUCACGGUAAUGAUAUGGAGAAUGGAGAAUCUGCGAUCGGUGAUACAACUUCUGAAUCGACUUCAGUCACCAGCGAUGAAGACUCGGAAAUCGAGUCUGAGGAGCUUGCUUCUAUGACAGCCAAGGGGAUUAAUCAUCUAUGUUUAGAACUCAUUGAGCUGAAGCAAGCAUCUGACGUUGAUUUCCAAGAUAACAUAAUUUCCAAUUAUUCAUCCUUUAUCAGGGUUUUCAGAGAAACAGAAGGUAUAAACAAUGAAGUGAUGCAAUUGAAGCAACACCUGCUGGUCCAAAAACAGCUUGUUCGGAAUCUAAUGGAUGGUGCUUGUCUAAAGGCUGUAUCAGAUGAUCCAAUAGACACAGUUCUUGAUGAAUCCGUGCUUGAUGAUCAAAACCGUACGACAUUUUUCAAGGCUUGUUCUGUUGAGGUUUUAGAAACCCUAGACAACCUUCUGUUUGAGCAUAGAUUAGAAGAAGCCUUAGAAAUUUUCGAGAUUGAAGAUGGUGAUUCUCCAAAAGUGAAGUUUCAAGAAGAUAUUUCACCAGAUGUCUGGAUGUGUUAUAAAUCUGACAUGGCAGAAAGGAGGGUCAUGCUUGCUGAUAAGCUGACACUGGUGGCUGAUAACGCGAGAGUCACUGCGGCAGAACUGCAAAAAUCAUUAGUUGGACUUUCACGGCUUGGUUUUGAUCAUCUUGCAACACGUUUACUGCUCAAGUAUUACGAUACUCGUAUUACUUCAGGUGUAAACCAGUUGCAGUCCUUCGCAACUUUUCCACCUGAGAUUUACAUUCAUAAUAUAGCAAAAUACGUUUUUUCUAUGAUGUCUCAAGCAGCAAGGAGUUUUGUCGUAUUACAUGGAGAAACUUCUCCUUACGAUUCAGAACUUAUGAAAUGGGCCUGUGAGGAAACAGAAACUUUUUCGGCUUGUUUCAAUAGAAAUGUUGCAUCAAUUUCACAGAUCAGCAGUGGGUUGUCAAUGGUGGUCAACUCUGUGCAUGUUGCCAUGUCAUAUUGCUUGAUGUUAGAAAGCCAAAAGUUAGUGUUACAACCAUGCUUGAUUGAGAACAUCCUUCCUUGUAUGGAAGGUAUUUUGAAGGCUCAUUUUGAUCAUUUCAAGAAAGUUAUCAGCAUCUUCACAUGUAGCGAUAUUUGGGUUAUGGGAAGAUAUCUUGUAUCAGGAAUGUUGACAAAAGGGAGCUCUUCAAUGGCUUUUGAGCAACAUCCUGAAUAUUGCUUACUCACCAACAGUGGCAGGAAAUUCGUGUCACUCUUACAGGCUGUCAUAGAAGACGUUUCAUCUUUGGUCAUUAUUUUGGGAAGAUCAAUUCUUGAAGAGCUCAUGGACCUGUUUACAGAGUACACUUUAAUCCUAGAAAAAGCCCUCACCAAUGAGACAGAAUAUGUAGUAGAAGGUGCAUCAAGAAUCAAAGUAGCAGAAUCACUGUCAGAAAAAGUUUCUGUAAUUGCCAAUUUAUCAACACUUGAGCACUUCUUCUCCAGCAUGAUCAGAAACCUCUUCAAGGACAUAAAUCAGUUAAAGAGUGUAGUUAAUGGUCGCAUGGAAUCAGUUGCAAGCACUUGCAGUAGACUGAGAACUCAUUUCUGCAAGCAAUUUAUACAUCGCAUAAUGUCUAAUGAAGCGUCUUGUAUUGGGGACCAUGUUGACUCUGACUUGUUGCAAGAUCUGAUGCCUUCUCUUCCUUAUCAGGUAUUGUUUCUAGAACUAAGGAAAGUAGAAGAACUUGCCGAAGACAACGUGGCUGAAUUUGAUUGGUUGGUGAACUUACUGACAGAGCUUGUACAGACUACAUUUGAUUGGAUUUCCAUAAAUGGCGAAACCCGAAUAACUCAUGACAAUGCGGAUACAACUGAUCAGCAAUCUGAUAGACUGACUCAGUUUGCCCUUGACAUGCGAUUUCUGGUUGAAAUAGCAGAGCGUGGAGGAUACUUAACAACCAACAUGAUCAACUCUUCGACAGAUAUUGUCUCGCAGAUGGAAUCAGCCAUUGUUUCUGCUGGGUUAGAUCUAAACAGAUACGUAAUUGAUUAUGAAAAGGCUGCAAAUUUAGCCAUGGAAGCCAUUAAAGAGCUCGAAGCACAAGAAGAACAAAAACUGCACUCGGAUGAUGACAUUGAUCAGCUCGACGAAGAACAUAAACCACAUUCUUCACGUGACUCUUUUGAAGACGAUGACACACAAAACUCUUCAGAAAUCUCAUUUGAAGGAGCGGAAAUCUCAGACGAAAAAAAUGCAUCACCAAAGAUCAAUUCUUUGGAUCUUGGAGAAGAUGACUUCAAUAAUGAUGGUAGUAUCUACACAGACUCAUGGGAAGAUGAGAAGGAAGCAGAUUUUGUGGAAAGUAGAUUGAAGGAAAUCAAGAGAGGUAAACUGCAGAAACCAUCGUUAUCGAUGAAUGCAGAAAGUUCGACAGAAAAUGUUGGUGUUAGCGAUGGGGUCGUGGAGCCAGCGACAAGUGAGAUUGAACAGGUUCGUUUAACGACUUCAGACGAGCUGUUGCAGCUCAGAAAGAUAAGGAGGGUUAGCGAAGUUGUUAGAGAGCAAGUAUUGUAGGGGACUUGAAGCACGGUUUAAGUUAAAACAAUACAAUGGAACCAAGAAAAACCAUUGCCGGCAUUUAUUAAAAAUAACAAAAUAAAGGGUUUUGAGCAUAAACAAAGUCGUAAUUUUAUUUGAUAAUAUUUACUUAUAAAAAUAGUUCAUUUUCAUUCCAGUUCCAAAGGCACAUAAAAGUUCAAUUAGGGUCAUUUCUUGUUAUAGAAGCUUAAUAGAACUCACAGCUUAUUCGAUUAACCAUAUAUUGACUAUCUGAUAAUAGCUUAAUGAUAUAGGAAAUGGUUUAUUCAGUAGAAUUCACGUAAAACCCAAUUUUUUUUUUCCAAACUAAUCUCUUCCAACUGAAAAACAUGAUUCUUUUGUUUAUGAAAAAACUCUUCCAAACAAAAUUUUCUUAGUCUAUAUAUAUAGAUAAUCCAUAAAGACAGUUAUCUCUAUACAAGGCUUAAUAACAAACCAAUCAAACAACCCCUCAUUGUUUACCAGGUCACUUAGGGUGAGGGUAGUAACAACAAAAAGUCUUGCUCAAUAAAAGAUUUUAAUUGACAACAACAAAGGUUCUUACUCGGUAAAUUAAAUAGAUAACUCUUAAUCAGCUACCGCUUACUAAAUAAAAAACGCUUACAGACAAUCUAUUUUGACAGUAAAAAAUUGUUAAAUAAAAAACGCUUACAGA